CAAAGCGUCAGAUAUAAACUACGAAAGUAAUCACGAUUAUAUGAUUUGUGAGAUGCCGCUUGAGUUAGGAGGUGUCGUAGAAUGCAUUUUAGAUGAUGAAAAUACUAAAACGUACAAUGUACAAAUCCUUCAGAACGAUGUUGCAAAAUAUAUUGAUGAAAAUAUGGAGGGAGGACUCCAGGAAGUAUGUGAAGGAGAAAUAUAUGAUAUAUAUGAAGACGAACUUGGAGGGCCCGUGAAAUACGAAAAUGAAGAAAAUGCUCACUAUUAUCUGAAUCAUAUUGAAAGUGGGGAAGCAAGUGAGCAACUCAAUAUUGAUGAAUUGAAGUUUGAAGAUUCGAACUCGGAUCUUGUUCUAACUAGUGAUAUAUACUCAUAUGACUUUUCGUCUAUAACUGAAGUAGAACAAACCCAAAACAACGUCAACCCAAUGCCCUCCGAGGAAACAGCUGUGAAUGACGUCGACUAUAGUGAGUUGGAAAAAUACUUGGAGGACUAUUUUAGCGAUAUCUAAAUGUCCAACACUUUUUUUUAUCAUAUCAACUAAACGCCUAAUGUAUUCAAAUACU